CUGGUGCUCUGCGACGAUUUUGAAAUUAUUUUAUAUUAAAUAAAUCAUUCUGUUUGAUAUUUAUUUCUAUGAACUAGUUUGUCCUGCAGUUGUAUAGCACAGGAAUAUUCAGGAUGAACAGACGUCCCUAUAUGUGGCUGAAGGCAGUUGUGGGCAUUGGCGUGGUUUUGCUACUAGCUUACAAAUAUCGUGGUUGUAGUACUUUCCAGAAAGUUUACGUCAUGGAAAAAGUCUAUGAAAAAUUUGGACAUCCCCCGUAUUCCAUCCACAACUUCAUCAACUACGAAAAGAAACCCAAUACUCGAAACAAUGUAGUAUUCAAAACAAAAACAGAUUCAAAGACCUUCAAACCAAAUCCUGACCAUAACUGCAUCGCGACCAUUCCAGAAAAAUAUACAACGAAUGGCGAACAACCGGUGCUAAUUCCAGACGAACAAGAACUGACGUCACUGCCAGAUAAUGCAGUUAGAUGUUUGUAUCAUCGUUAUGUGACAACGCUUCAGUACUUCUGCGGAUACAAGGAGCGAAUUGGUCAAAUUCCUCGAAAUGGGUGGUAUAUUUGUGCUGAUCCUUCUUUUGUGCCCAGCAGUAAAAAUUGUGUCGUGUUUUCUUCAAACAAGAAGUUUAAUGACAACAUUUUCCUAUCAGAUAUAAAAGCGCGGUAUAAUUGUCGGACUUUUACAACUCCUCUUUCUCAAUCAGAUUCCCUUCAAAGCUGGAUAACUAAGAACGAUGUAGGAAAUACCGUAAUUGACGUGCUGACUCUGUCAAUUAGUACUUAUACCGAACUAGAAGUCAUUGAUAAAAUGGUGGAAGAAAAGUCCAUUGGAAAAGUAAAACAACUCCUUCUGGAACUUCAUUUUGAUCCCUCAGUUAUUAAGAAAGAAGAUUAUAUUAAGUUAUUAAAACGCUUACAAAUAUUGUUUCAAGCAGGCUUGCGUAUCAUCUGGUACGAUAGGGUGUUCCAAUGUGUAGGGGUCAAUAAAUUCAACAAGUGUUACGCCAUUUAUUUCGUUCAGAGGUCUUUGGAAGACAAGGAGCAUAUAUUUAAAGAAAUGAUUCUACCCUCAGAGGACAUGAUUCGUAAACUUUCAACUCAAGAAUUACAAGAUUUGUAUUACCGAUAUCUAAUGACGACCCAGUUUUUGUGCAAACAGAUCGUACGAAUUGGGAAAGUGUUGGACGGUGGGUGGGAUGUAUGUCAUGAUAUGAUGCUGAAGAUUGACAGAAACCCAUGUAUCGUUUACUCAUUUGGUAUAAACCAUGACUUCUCGUUUGACGAUGACAUGGCCAACACCUACAACUGUAAUCUGCAUUCCUUUGACCCUACCAUGAAUAAGAAAGAUUUUAAACAUUCUGAAAAAGUUUGGUUUUACAACAGAGGAAUAGGGGACACGUACAAAAAGUUUGGAUCGGGCUAUGUAGCUCCUCUUGAUAAAAUCAGAAAAGAUCUGAAGCAUGAUAAAGUUCCUAUUGCUGUUAUGAAGGGUGACACAGAGGGAGCCGAAUGGCCGUCGACACCUCAGAUGUUAAGAACAAACCAGCUAGCCGAUGUUUCUCAGUUUUAUCUAGAAUUCCAUUCGAAAGGAACAGUGGCUGAUCACGUGAUUCUUCUACAGAAAUUGCAUGAUGCGGGAUUUCGUAUAUUUUGGUUCCAUAUAAACCCAUCUUGUACUUUCAAAGCUAAGAUAGGUCAACAUUCAGAGUGCAUGGAGGUUUAUUUUAUGAACACUAAAUAUCCAUUUAAUUCAUGAAUCAGCAAUGUCAUGAUUAAUUACGAGAGUCGCAUGCUGUUUAUUUUGUAUGAGUGAUGGGCGUGGCACGAAUUAGUCUCAUUAUCACUGGAGAGAAAUAAAAAAUAUAGAUGUGUUUUUCUGCUUUGUUGACCAUACAUCUAUAUGUAGAAUUGGAAUAUGAAUCUCUAUACAAAUGGGUUUGUACGAAUUUGUGUAUCGUUCAGAAAAUUAAAUGUAUUUUUAGAAACUGAUUUUACAGGGAUAUUAUAUUGUCUAGUUCAUUAGAGACUGGGGCAUAUUUGUUUUAUUACAAGUAAUUGUGGAUGAUCAUUCAUGAAUAAGAAACAUUUAUUUCUUCUUGGAUUCUUUCUUCAAAGAUUUGUAUAUAUUGCAAGAAUUCGAUAAAUAACGCUAACGAAGAGAAUAAACAAAACCAAAUGAUUCUUUAGAUACAGGUUCAACAGUAAUUUAUAUAAAACCUGUUACAGAUAUCAUAAGUUAAAAAAGGUGAUAUCAAAUUAUUAUAUCUCAAAAAAUUCAGACAUUCACUGAACUCCUUCAUAUCAAACAUCAUUUUUUGUUUUCUUUAAUCAAGGUUAACAGAUAGCCAACACCCUAUUCAUUAAUGUCUGUUCCUUUUGGAAAAUACCUAAAAAUAAACGGUCAAAAAUUUACACUGUUAGGAUAACCUAAACUGUCGAAAUAUUAUUGUGAGGAGAGAGUUGUGCUUUGAUUCUCCAACGU